AUGACACCAUUUGGUAAUCCUCCCGAAUCGAUCGAAUCAGGAAAUUAUGGUCACCCACCAAAAGCAUUCUGGUGGUUCAAACAAUCGAUCAUUUAUUUCAUCGGGUUGAUGGGUAUGAAAAUAUGCGUGCUCAUCAUCUUCCUCGUCCUACCUUGGAUCUCUCGAAUUGGAGAUUGGGCUUUGAGAUGGACGGAAGGUGAUACGGCACUACAAGUCAUAUUCGUCAUGCUAAUCUUCCCGGUCAUUAUGAAUGCAACUCAAUAUUACAUCAUCGAUUCAUUCAUCAAAAAUCAAAAACCUAAUCAUGAGCUCAUACCAAGCGAAGACAGUGAUAGUGAUGUGGAAGGAAGAGAAGAACGUUAUGCCGACCCAAGCGAAAGCAAUGAUCAGAUUGAUUCUGUGGAGGAAGAUGAUGAAGUUUUAGCAAAGGUCCAUACGAAGACUAGACCAGAAACACCAAGAAAUAAAAGAAUUGGUUUAAGGUCAGGAAAUAGAAACUAUGACCCAUUAUACGAUGGAGAAAGUAGUCCAACAGUAGUAGGGAGCACAAGUUCAAGACCAGAGGAUGACAGUGAUGACACUACAAAGAAAUAA